AAAAAACCUUAUUUUCAGUAUUGAUAGUAUCACUAAGUUUUUGUCAUCUCUAAUACCCAGUUAUAAACAAACCAGUUUGCCCGACCUGAUCUCAAUUUUCUGGCUAUAACAUUACCAAUGAUGGAGUCAUCUUUGUGCCGAGUUUGCUUGGCCUACUCCAAAAAUAUGGUCAACAUAUUUGAAGAACUUGAACUCGGUGUCUCCAUUGGUAGCAUGAUUUCUGAGUGUACGGGCUAUACAGUUGAGAAAGGAGACCUGUUUCCCCAAACCAUUUGUGCCAUUUGCCUGCAGGAAGUGGAAAAUGCUUUCGAUAUAAAGAAAACCUACGAAAGGAGCUCUCAGUUGUACAGUGAAAUGGAGGAGGAUUUGCAGGGAAUGUUUUUACCAGAGGAAAAGGAUUUGAGCGACAAGGAAAACGAACUAGAGGAUGAUGCUGAUAAUGAUUCAGACUACUUCCCAUCGGAUGAGGACCCUGAAGGUGGUGAAAAUACAGUACCUGUUAAUGUAACUCCAGUACCUGCUGAUAAAAAGGCACUACCUGCCUCUGACAAGGGUACUAACCAGAACGGCACCAAGGAAUACCGUCACAAGUGCCCCUAUUGUCCCAAGUCCUUCCCCAAGGCUUGUGGCUUGCAGAGACACCGGCGAAUUCACACGGACGAACGACCCUACAAGUGCUAUCUGUGCCCGAAGAGUUUCCAUUGCUCUUCGAAUCUCAACCAACACCUGAGAACCCACGCAGGAGUACAGCCUUUUAAAUGUGACCACUGCUCGAAGUUCUUCACCCAGAACGCAAACCUUCAGACGCACUUGCGGCGAGUAAGGGGUGAAAAACCCUUCAAGUGUACCCAAUGCCCAAAGUCUUUCUUUCAAAAGCAUAAACUUCAGUCCCACUUGCGAAUACACACUGGCGAGCAACCAUUCCAGUGCACCACCUGCUCCAAAUGCUUUUCCCAACCGACAAGUCUCAAGCGGCAUCUACUGACCCACACGGGAGAACGACCCCACAAGUGUUCCCGUUGCUCAUCGAGUUUUAACCAGCAUUCUAGUCUUAAGCGGCACCUAAACACAGUUCACACUUAACUAAAUUUUAAGAAACCACACCAAGACUGCAUGUAUGUUCCCCUGUAAUUAAGCUAACUAACACUUGACACACUUUUCCUGACGAAAACAGUUAAUCCGUGAUUAUGUACGUCUACGUUUAUAGAAUUAUUUCCUUGUUCUGCUAUAAUAUGUCAAAUAAAAUAUACAUUAGGAAUAGUGAAAAAAAAUCAUAAUUUGGUAUUAAGUACAGAUCUUACAAUUAUAGGUUAAUCAUAUUUUAAGAUGAUUACCUAGAGUAAAAUGCAUUUAUUUAUAAGGGCACCCAAUUUUUU